AUGCUGGAACAUUCAAGCAAAUUGGAAUUCACCCAGUACGAAAUCGCUGGUGGUAAUUGGAACUCUGAAUACCAAAUCGUGACCGACGGCUCAACCAUAUACCACGUCCAAAACUCAACUUCCACGCCAGACAAACCAGAACUUACUUUCUACGCCGGAACGAACACCAAUGGUCCAGUCGCAGGAACUGGCAAAUUCAUUCGCUUCUCAUCAGACGUCAAGAUCAACCUAGGUGAUCCAAGCCAUUCGGACAAGGCAACAUGCACUACCACUCUAAGCAAGAAGGGUUUCCUCUCAACCCGCCACACCUUCCAAAUGGAUAUCCACGGCGAAAAUCGCACUUUCACUUGGAAGAACACAGAAUCCCAUGAGAGCUUCGGUCCGACUGGGAGCCACAAGAUGGUUGACGAACAGAACCAGGUUCUAGCGGUUCUCUCGCCUGGUGGUGGUCGUGUGCAGAAAGAUGGGUACGUGAAUGUUUAUGCAUUCUGGGGUGAGAGCUUUGAUUUGAUGGUUCUUGUUACUGCACUGGUUCUUAGGGAAAAGACCAGGCGGGAGAAGGGGGAAUCUUCGUAUGUUGCGGGUGGUGGUGGCCUAUCGUCUGCAUUUUGA